AUGAUUGUCCCUGGGUCCCCUGAGAAUUUGUUCAGCAUCCAUAACUUUGAGAUUUUGGAAGAAACUAGCCCUGCUGGGCCCUUCUUCAGCGACAUGGCCACUGCCCAUUUGUGUUGUGGUGCGUUGCCCACCAAUGUUUCUGUUUAUCACCUCUCAUCCAUAACCAUUGAAGCGAUAUUAGAGAGGACCGAGAAUAGGGAGGAUGGCCAAUAUCCCAUUAGAUACAAUAUAAACCUGAACAGAACUGAAGCGAGCCAGAGCCAAUCCGACUUGUCCUCCUCCUCCACCACCACCGCCACCACCACCGCCUCUUUCCUCUCCCGCUUCUCCGACUCCAAGCGCUCCAUCGACUCCCAACGACUCACCGAUCCCGCUUAACUCAGAUCUCACCUCGACAGCAUCUCCGCCUCCAUUUCCGACCUCGAAAAGCUCGUUGCUGAGUCCUCCUACUUCUUGCCCUCCAACGAAGUCCGCUCCUCUCUCAAAACCAUCUCCGAUCUCAAACAAACCCUUGAGAAUCUCAACUCCGAGCUCAUUCCGAAGAAGAAAUUCUCUUUCAAGAACAAAGCCUCCAGGCAAGACCGAUACCGAUCAGUCUCCGAUUCAAGACAAACCGCGCCAGAAAAUGCCGAUUCAUUUUCAGUUUCGCUCGAGAAAUUGAGUUUCCAGGUGAGAGAUUCGCCCGGUUUGAGAAACAAAAACGGCGAGACUUUGGUGAAGAAUUUCAAAGGCUCGGACGUUGGAGAAUUCACGGUUUCGGCUCUCGAUUCUUGCAAAGUGAGACUGAUUGGUUCUGUUCGAUUUGAAAGAGAUGAGUGAAGAGUGAGAGAGGGGAUGGGGAAUGAUGAAGGCUGAUGUGCGAUGGGAGA